AUGAAUUUGUCUAAGCUUCAUGAGUUUCAACUAGGACCCGAUCCGGACAGCAUAAACGGGAGCCUAAACACGACCUAUACGGACACAGACUCGACUCGAUUUCCCUCAGAUUUUACUAAACCUCUUUUCAACCUACUGAAUGAGGCGUUGGGUGUUCUGGUUCUUAAAUCUGGUUUUUUCGGCGAUGAUAUGGCUACAGAUGAUUUUACUGGACGAACCAUUAUCACAGGGACCUUAAUUAGGGAAGAUGUAAAACUAUUCCAAGUUAUCACUCCAGGUACCUAUCAUAUAGAAUUAUUAGGUAUAACCAAAUUGAACAACCGUGCUAUCCCUAAUAUCCCUGAGGUGGAAGAAGUCAUGAAAACAAAAUUAAACCCCGUCGAUGAGACCCAAGAGUAUGGGGAAAGCGAUAUCCCUCCGAAAGAAUACGCAGGAGCUAAUUCGGACUCGGACGACGAAAUUCAGGGACAUGGGAAAAGUGAGGACUGGUGGAAGGAAUCUAGAUGGAUGAAAGUCCGAGCGAUCCCGGAAGCCGAGGGAAAACCAACAUUCGAAUGGAGAGACCUGAGAAAGAACUGGCGACGUUUUGCUGCCCUGACAGCCCGAGAUGAAUCGUUGAGGUUUAACAUGCCACGUCUAAGAUCUACUAGGCGCGCAUUAUUUGGUGAACAGAUGGGGGUUAGAGGGAUGAAACACAGACGGGAUAUGGGGAUUGAUUAUGGGGAGAAAGAGAAAAUUAUUCUUCCCCCGAUCGGUGCCCGCCUUUCACAAAAGAAGAAUAGUCUACCUCCUGUCUUCAGAGGCGUGCCCAAGGUCUUCUAUGACUGGUCGCGCAGGCCUGGAGUAAGAAAGUGGGAAAAGUUGUCAGACGCACCCAAGGAGUUCUAUGAUUGGUCAAAAAGGAUGGAAGAGGAGAAGCAAGACCGGGCCCUUGCAGAGCUGUCAGAUUUCGAGCGGUUUGUUUCCCGGAGUGCUCAGCGUGAGCCUAGGUCAGACUUUGAAUCUUUUCUCAAAUCUAAGGGCGCGGAAAUCCAUGAAAGUAUGGAUGUUGGUCGGUAUAAGUAUAAGGAUCUUGAACGGGGCAUCGAUCCGGAUGUGUCGGGGUUUGGUGGUUAUGAUGAGAUGUCUAUCAGCACUAGUGGUGAUGAGUCGGAGGAUAAAGAUGAGGACAGUGAUUCUACUUUCGAUGAAUCGGAGGAUGAAUACGCGAAUGAUGAUUUGGUUGCAAUGGCCUGGGAAGGGCAGGAAAUUUAG